GUGUAUGUAUAUAUAUAUUUGAUAGGUUCUGAAUCUUUCUGACCUAUCCUACAAACUGUAUUUGCACUAGCGAAAGGAAAAAAGCUGCAACUCUUCUGCUACAAAAGGGAACACCCCAUUUCUCGUCGUUCUGUCCCCUCUUCCUCCCAUACCCCCCCACCCCAACAUACAUUUCAAACCCCAGAACAAGAAAACCCCAUUUUCUUUCUUCUCUUGCAAAAAAGGGGAAGAAAGAAGAAAAAAAGUGAAAUUUUUUGUUUUUUCAGAGGAGAAAAAAAACAGAGCAAAAAAGAUGAGUGGUGAAAAAGAAGAUGUUUUAGGUUUGAGUCUGAGCUUAGGAAUCAUGAGUUGCCCUCAAAAUAAUCAUAAAACUCCUCCUCCUUUCCCUUUGAAUCUCUUACCUUUCAUGCACCAUCAUCAAAUUUCUUCAGGGAGAAAAGAUGAGGGAGGAGAAAGGGUAAGAGGGGGAAUCGAUAUGAAUGAACCAGCGAGAAUGAUUAUAGAGUGUGAUGAUGAAGAAGAAGAUCAGGUGUUAAUGGUUUCAUCACCUAACAGCACUGUUUCGAGUGUGAGUGGAAAGAGGAGUCAUGACAGAGAAGAGAAUGAAGGGGAGAGGGCCACCAGCUCACUGGAGGAUGACGGCGGAGAUGCGGCGGCAAGGAAGAAACUCCGGCUAUCAAAGGAGCAAGCUGCCGUUCUUGAAGAGACAUUCAAGGAGCAUAACACUCUUAAUCCGAAGCAAAAAUUGGCUCUGGCAAAACAGCUGAAUCUGAGGCCAAGACAAGUGGAGGUGUGGUUUCAGAACAGGAGGGCAAGGACUAAGUUGAAGCAAACAGAGGUAGAUUGUGAAUACUUGAAGCGUUGCUGCGAAAAUCUGACGGAUGAAAACAGACGUUUGCAGAAAGAAGUUAGUGAGCUUAGAGCAUUGAAACUUUCUCCACAAUUGUACAUGAACAUGAGCCCUCCAACCACCCUCACAAUGUGCCCUCAAUGCGAGCGCGUAGCUGUAUCAUCCUCCGCGGCCUCUUCAUCAGUCACCGGAGCCAAUGCCACCUCUCGUUCACACCUCCACCAAGCGCCAGUGCCUAUCAACAAACCAUGGGCUGCAAUGUUUGCGUCUAAAACACUCGAUGUGCAAAGGUCACAAAUGUAAUUUCACUCUUGUUUUGGAGCUGCCUGCUAAAGAUAGGGUAGGGAAGUGUUUAUAGAGUAAGAAGAUGAUAACAAGAUCAUGUUUUAUUCUCUUUAGUUGGUGAAUGAUUUGAUGUUCCAAAAGUAGGAUAUGAUGUGUUGGGUUUCAGAGGAACAGUUUCUUGAAUUUGUUCAUUUCAUUGUGUAGGAAAAUGGUUUUACUUGAAUGGGAAGACAUAAUUGUG